CGGCUGUCACAACUCCUGCAGUUGAUCAGGCAGCACCACAAGGAAAGAAGACCUUGAGAAAGGGUAAUGUGGUGAUAACCGGUGCGUCGUCCGGAUUAGGCCUAGCGACGGCCAAGGCUCUUGCCGAGACGGGGGAAUGGCAUGUAGGAAUUUUCUCAAGGCUGAGAAAGCAGCUAAAUCGGUUGGGAUUAAUAAGGAGAAGUAUUCGGUAAUGCAUCUCGAUCUCGCCUCGCUUGAAAGCGUGAGGCAAUUCGCUGACAACUUCCGGCGCUCGGGGCCGCUUGAUGCUUUGGUUUGCUAUGCUGCUGUUUACUUACCUACUGCUAAGGAACCAACGUAUACUGCCCAAGGGUUCGAACUCAGUGUUGGAACGAAUCAUCUCGGUCACUUCCUCCUCGCAAGGCUACUCCUAGGUGAUCUCAAGAAAUCAGAUUACCCGUAUAAGCGUCUCAUUAUUGUUGGUUCCAUUACAGGAAACACAAACACAUUGGCUGGAAACGUGCCGCCGAAAGCUAACCUUGGCAAUCUUAGAGGUCUUGCUGGAGGCUUGAAUGGAGUACAGAGUUCACCUAUGAAAGAUGGAGGAGAUUUUGAUGGUGCCAAGGCAUACAAAGACAGCAAAGUUUGUAACAUGCUCACCAUGCAAGAGUUCCACAGGCGGUACCAUGAGGAAACCGGAAUCACUUUUGCGUCCCUUUACCCCGGUUGCAUUGCAACAACAGGUCUGUUUCGGGAGCACUUUCCGUUGUUCCAGAUUCUUUUCCCCCCGUUUCAGAAAUACAUUACGAAAGGCUACGUUUCGGAAGAAGAAGCCGGUAGCAGACUUGCACAGGUUGUGAGUGAUCCGAAUCUUACGAAGUCGGGUGUUUACUGGAGUUGGAACAAGGACUCGGAAUCGUUCGAAAACCAGCUUUCGAAAGAGGCGAGUGAUGCGGAGAAGGCAAAGAAGUUGUGGGAGAUAAGUGAGGAGUUAGUUGGUUUGGCAUAAAUAGACACCAGCAUGAGAACAAACUAAAAACAUAUUUUACCAUGGCUCCCACCUUUGUAAAUGUAAAAGGUUUUGUGCUUA